AUUAAAUAUUACAACAUGAGAAAGAGCUUUCAUUUUCGUUGGUAACUGUUGGUAGUCGAAGUGGGAUAGAAAAGUGUUCUAAUCGUCGGUAAUUGAACGAUCGAUCGUUGGUUAAGAAAGGAGAAACAGACGGACAUCUCAAUGGCGUGAGCAUGUCGAUAAACGAACAUCUAUAGAUAUAAACUCUCGCAUUGCAUAUCGAAAAACAGUUAUCUUGGACUACUACCUGUGUGCAUGUGUCGCGUGUCCUCGGUAGAAAUAGUUGAUGACGCUGUGGUGUACAGAUGUUUUCGAAGAAUAGAACAUAACCUGUAAAUAAAAUAUUCGGACUGUUGUCUGUAUCGUUUAGAAGUUCGAUCUUGCCAAAAAUUUGAGUUUCACGCGCUCGUACUGAUCGUUACGUGUUGCCACGAGCAGAUCGCAACAUGAAAGUUGUCGUGAAGAAGCUCCCAGGAAAAGGAUGUGUUGUUGACAUUAUGCCUUCGGAUACAGUGUUGCAGCUAAAGCAUAAAGUCAGCAAUCUAAUGGGCAUAGAAGUAUCGCAACAGAAACUGUUAUACAAUGGCAAAGCGUUAGCUGAUGCGAAUCCUUUGAGUUUUUAUCCGGAUAUCAAAGAUGGGUGUAGAUUGCACAUGUUGGUUAUUAAAAAGACAGAGGAAGGAUCUAGCAAAGGAAAGGCAGUGCAACGCAAAUCGGGCAUAUAUCUGUUACGACAUGAAAUCUCUAGAGUUUUGAGAUAUUAUUACACAGAAUCUGACACAGAUUCUAUAGUCAAUAAAUUGUUAAAAAUCUUGCAGAAUAAAGUGGAUAACCUUAGUUAUGACGACUUAGAACGAUUAGCAACCGCACUACUCCAGGAUCAGGAAAAUAUAGCUUAAGGAUACUUGGAUUUUCCAACUUUGCUUAUUAUUUGAUUAUUGUAAUACACUUAUUUAAUUAAAGCGUUAUCUUAUUAUACCCAUAAGGAAUCGAUAGCAUACUCUUUAAAUAAAUAUAAGGGAAAGGUGUACAAGAAGUAAUGCAUACUGAAUGUAUAAAAAAAUUGACUUUAUUAAAACAGAUAAAUAUCAUUCUAAUUUCACAUUA